AUGGCUCCUCUGUGGUGGGUAAACAUUAACGCCAUCCCCGGUGUUUCAAACUGGGAACUUCAUAAAGACCGCCCAUUGAAAUUUGUCAUCGAAAUAAUGUACUUUCGUCGCCAUGGUUCAAGAGAUGCGCAAAGAUUGUCUGUGUAUGUUCACACAGGCGGAGAAAUCGAAACAGACCGAAUUGUAGAGGAAUCGCUGAAGCAAGGAAAGCAACUAUUCAUACCUAAAUUCACCAAGGGGGAUCCUCAUAUGCGGUCUUCUUGGCGUCCCCUGCCAUGCGGAUUUUCUGAAGUUGAAAACCCUAUGUGGGGUAUUCGUCAACCUGGCGACAACGAUCAGUGGGAGGAUUAUGAAGAGACGGGUGCCUUGGAUUUGAUUUUGAUGCCAGGCGUGGCAUUCACCACGACUGGAUGCAGACUCGGGCCAUGGAAUGGGUUACUCCGAUCGGCGUUCGCUGCUACAGUCAUGACAGUUGGCGUAUGCAGCUGA